CCCGCCAAGUCUUCCUCCAAGUGCAGUCCAUCUAAGAUGUGUUCGAUGCGGAGACAAAUACUACGCUUGGGGAUCUGCCUCUGGCUGGUGGCAGGCAUCCAGCUGAUCUCUGGCCUUCCAGCUAAGAAAAAAAAGGAUUUCGAUGAUGAUCAUUGCAGCGACAGCUCUCAGCUACAGCCGCGUCUUACGGUGAUACAGCCUGGACCGAAUGGCGAACUGCAAAUCAACGGCGGGAUCAUGGGACUCUAUAUGGACAAGGCAAAGAGUACACAUGAAGUUGGUCACAGGCCUGAGGAUCCACAUUUGGAUCCACAAAUGGAUCUCUGUCCAGCGGACGAUGAACAUGAUGCCAGUGGAGGGCAUUCUGUGCACUAUGUAAAGGUCACAGCAUUCAUACCGGUGCAUAUCAAACCAAUUCUAGACUGUGGACAUCAACCACCAGAAGAAGACCAUCCUGCAGAGCUUCUGCCGGCACUGCCUCCGCUGCCGCCUCCACCACCUCCACCACCGCCGCCACCGCCACCACCGCCUCCUUAUCGACCUUCAAUCUUUCCUCCCCAUGGUAAUCCCUAUCCUUAUCCCCCAUAUACUACUCGUCCAGAUAUCAUGGAGGAUGGCUGUAUUGACGACUGUCCCUAGUCGGAAGAGGUUGGCCAACAACAAAAGAUAGCUACGAAAAUAAAUAAUAUAGAGGGCUGUGCGUAGACAAUUUUAA